AUGGGCUCAGCAUUUACUUGGACACUAGCUAAUAUUUUCAUGUGGAAAUGGGAGAAACGGCUUGUUCAUCGACUAGAAGUAUCGAAUGAAAUCUACGGCAGAUAUGUUGAUGACAUUUUCUUUACGUCGAACGAUUCACUCGAAUCUAUCGACCAAAUGUUAGAAGAAGCUAAUAACUUUCAUCCAAACAUUAAGCUAGUGCGACAAAUAGGUAGAAAUGUUCCAUUUCUUGAUGUAUUUAUUCAAAACAGUAACGGAGUUUUGAAAACUUCAGUAUAUCAUAAAGAGGCAGCAGAGCCAUAUGUCGUACCAUUUGGGUCAGAUCAUCCUGGCCAUGUUUUCCGAAACACUGUUGAUACUGCUAUCACGAGAGCAGUUCGUUAUUCAACAACUUUAUCUCAAUUCGAAGAAGAAAUACAACAGAUGAAACUCAUGUUUCUCUAUAAUGGGUGA